AUGCCGUACACCAAUGCAAGUACCAUAACCGAGUUUUUGUUGAUGGGGUUCCCUGGACUCCAAUCCUGGUACUAUGGGCCAGUGGCAGGACUUUUCCUUGUUGUCUAUCUGGCCAUUUUAUCAGGGAAUGGGCUCCUUUUAGUUUUUGUGGGCACUGAGAGAAGUCUUCAAAAACCUACAUACCUCAUAUUUUGUAAUCUGGCCAUUUCAGACAUUGCCUUUGCUACCACUACUUUGCCCAAAGCCAUUGCCCGAUAUUGGGUAGAAGACCAAAUCAUCUCUUUUAAUGGCUGUUUCCUUCAGAUGUUUAUGGUCCAUUUGUUGGGAUCAAUCAAUUCUUUUCUUCUCAUGAUAAUGGCUCUUGAUCGUUACAUAGCCAUAUGCAGUCCCCUUAGAUACCAGACACUGAUUAAAAACUCUUCAGUACUGAUCUUGUGUGGCCUCUCCUGGCUUAUACCAUCAAUCUGGAUGAUUAUUAUUGUUGUACAGGCCUACUUUCUUUCAUACUGCAACUCUAACAAAAUUUUCCAGUGUUACUGUGAUCAUAUUGGAAUAGUGGGACUAGCAUGUGAAAAUACUUGGAAGGUCCAAACUGUAGCAUAUGUUGCAGCCAUGACUCUAUUGUUAGGUCCACUCACAUUUAUAUUAUUUUCUUACAUUUCCAUUAUUAUCACUGUAAUGAAAAUAGCACAUUUGGAGGGUAGAUACAAAACCUUCUCUACUUGUAGUCCUCAGCUUUUUGUCAUAUGCCUCUAUUAUGUCCCCCGUUGUUUUAAUUAUCUGGCCAACCGCGUUGGCUUCAACUUCAGUGCAGAAGUACGGAUUGUUAUGAUCCUGCUUUACAGCCUCUUUCCCCCAGUGGUCAACCUUUUGAUAUAUUGCUUCAGAACUAAAGAAAUUAAGGAGUUAUUGAGCAAAAAGUUUAAAGCAAGAAGGAUAGGGUUUUGA